AAGAUGGACGAGAUGAAGAGCAAGAACUAUGCCUGGAGAAAAAAGCCUCGCAAGUUCGCUCCUAAGUCACGACUAGGCUGUAAGACUUGCAAGAUAAGACGAAUUAAAUGCGAUCUAUCUCGGCCUUCAUGCUUGAAAUGCCGUUCUACCGGUCGCACCUGCGACGGCUAUAAUGAAAUGCCCCUCGCAUGCAAGGCCGAGAGGAUUCAACCGACUCAAUAUGCCAGGGAGAUUGUCGACAGAGUCGACAGCUGCGACAGUGACCACCCCUGUACCACGGCCAGUGCGUAUGAGCCAACACGAUGGCAUUCGAAAUACCAUGAUCUCAAUCUGCAGAAUCUCGGAUCCCUUAUGGUCUUACCCGUGACUGGGUCAACUCAGGCGGAAGCAAUGUACUUUUUCCAGGAUAUCUCAAUCAAGGAUCUGAAUGAAUACCGCCCUUGCGAACCUUGGCGGAAGAUUCUGAUGUUUUUCUCCCAAACCGUGCCAGCAGUGCGGCAUGCGGCCAUGGCUCUGGCCUUGAUCCACCGAAACUACCUGGAUCGAGAUUCUCACGAGCGGGGAUAUCAAUCGCCUUCCUGGAAAGAUCGGCUACAGGAUAAGGCUCCUUUGAUUCACUAUAACCGCGCCAUUGAACUUCUACUGAACCUGGAAAGUGGUGACAGCGCCGAAACAACCGCUGUCACGCUUUUGGUCUGUUAUCUCUUUACCUGCUUUGAUCAUCUGGCGGGCGACGACGUACAAGCAGUGAAGCACCUGCGCGGAGGUGUGGCGCUCUUACGCAGCAUUGAAACCGCUUCAUUCAGCCACUGUACCUCUGACAAUGCUCAAUCCUCGGGGGUACACGCAAUUCUCUGCCAAGUCGCCAAACAGAUCCACCAUCUGGACAUGCAGGCCGUCAUGUUUCUGGUCGACUGGACUCCAGCCAACAUUCAAGAGACAUUCAUGUCCCAUCUUGCACUCGACGACAGUCCCUUUCGGUCACUCGACCAAGCUGCCGACCACCUCCAGAAUCUCCUCACUCAGGUAAUGAGGCUGCGCAACACGAAUUAUCAAAUAUCCCCGACGGAUACGAUGUCACCGUUACCUUCUUCGCUCAAGGACAUUGUCCUAGGGCAAUUGGAAACGUGGUCAAAUCUGUUUGAAAACCUCCUGCAACAAGACGGCCCCUCUGGGUCAGACUUUGGAACGGGCCCUCUCGUGUCACUCCUACGCUUACAACAUACUAUCGCCUGGAUUCUCCUCAACGGGUACGGACCUGGCCGAGAGAUGGACUAUGACAAAUUCCUGCCCCAGUUCCAGCAAUGCGUCGCCUUGGCGGGCGAGGUAGCGGCAGCGCAUCAGCGGUAUUCGGGGUCAUCCAGGUCGACCUUUACGCCAGAAAUUGGAUUUCUCCCCGUCCUGUACAUCAUCGGGGUGAAGUGUCGGCAUCCGAUUGUCCGUCGUCAGGUCUUGAGUAUUCUGCGGCGGCAACUAAUACGGGAGGCGGCUUGGGAUAGCAUCUCUACUGCCCGGGUGGUGGAGCGGGUAAUUGAAAUUGAAGAAGGUGCGGGGGGAGAGCAAAUGGUCCACUGCAUGGAACAAAUCCCCGUAUGGCAGAGGAUCGAGGCAUUGUCUUAUACAUAUGUCCGAAGGGGACCGCCUGCGGCCAGGUUGGAGAUUACAUAUACAUUCUGCGCCAGGGAGGGUGUCCACAUUGAAUCACUCAUGAUUUAA